AUGGGGCGUGGGACCCCGAGGCCAUGUGGCGAUUUAACCACAGGAGGCGAAAUGCCUAACAAAACGGUAGGUGCCGGGACCGAGAGGAAGUCCCUUCAAUCAGUUUAUGACCGUGAUUUAUUAGGCACAAACAGUUUGUAUCAUGACAAACAACACGGUGUUUAUAAUAAUUGUCGUUGUAAAUCACAUUUCACCGUCAUAGUUUAA